CCGGUCCCGCCCCCACCACCGCGGGGACCGGAAGCGGCUGGGAGCGGGGCGCCACCCGGUCUUCUUCUGCAACCUGGGGUGGUCUUUCCCGACCUGGAGCAUCCAUAAAGUUUCACCUUGUUGAAGAUCCAGGCCUAGAGAUUCUGUGCUUGUUGGGACCCAGCCAAAUGUCUACAGAAUUGAGAAAAUCGUCAGCACUCCAUGGACAAACCUCAGAACAGCCUGACAACAUUCAACUUGUGACAAUGAAUGAAAAGGAGCAGACGAGUGAUCUGGACUCCCACUUCCACUGGAGCAGCUACUGCAACCCAGAGACCUGUCGACAGCGCUUCAGGCAGUUUGGCUACCAAGACUCCCCUGGGCCCCGGGAGGCCCUGAGCAGACUACAGGAGCUGUGCAGACGGUGGCUGAGGCCGGAGGUGCACACCAAGGAGCAGAUCCUGGAGCUGCUGGUGCUGGAGCAGUUUCUUGCCAUCCUGCCCGAGGAGCUGCAGGCCUGGCUGCAGGAGCAUCACCCAGAGAACGCAGAGGAGGCAGUGACUAUGCUGGAGGAGCUGGAGAGAGAGCUUGAUGGGCCAGCAGAGCAGGUCCUUUUUGUACAUAAUGAGGAGUUGCUUGCAGAGAAACUAGCACCUUGGGAAAUUGCUCAGGAGUUGCCAAGUAGCCAGCUCAAGACUGAAAAGCAGCAGCUGCAGUGGACUUCAAGGGAGCAUCAGUCCUUAAGACACAAUGACAGAGACACUGCCAGAGCUAUAAAUGAGACGUCAGCUUCAAGGCAAAGGACUUCUGCAGGCAUAGAACCACAUCAUGAUGUCCCUGACACUCUUCAUAUCAGUGCUUCUCAGAAUCUCACAUAUAAAAGAACCUGUGAACAAGAUGGCAGGUUUGAAAGAAGACAGGGAAACCCUUCAGGAAAAAAGCAACACAAGUGUGAUGAGUGUGGCAAGAUCUUCAGUCAAAGUUCAGCCCUUAUCCUGCACCAGCGAAUCCACAGUGGAGAGAGACCUUAUGCUUGUGACGAGUGUGCAAAGGCUUUCAGCCGAAGUGCAAGCCUGAUCCAGCAUCGAAGGAUCCACACCGGGGAAAGACCCUACAAGUGUCACGAAUGUGGGAAAGCCUUUAGUCAGAGCUCCAAUCUUUUUAGACAUCGGAAAAGACACACUAAAGAAAAAGUCCCCUCGGUCUUGUAAGAGAAUAAAAACACUUACUAAGAGCUUUUUCAUCAGGGGAAGAGACAACGAGGUACAAAGACUCCUCUGGUGUAAAUGGGUGGUUUCAGUGGGAGCCAGUUUCCUCUCAAAGGUUAUAAAAGCCACAGGAGAAUGCCUGACAUCUUCUGUCAGCAUUGUUUGCUUUUCUGCUUUUCAGUUCAGGUGUUGUAGCUUCUGAAGCUAAUUCAGAUUUUCCAUCCUGUGAGUAGCUCUUGAAAAAGCAUUUUCGGACAUAUUCUACUGUUUCCAUUAUUAAUAUAAAUAAUGAGUAUGUCCCUAUUUGGAUGGUUAUAUUUUCCCAGUUGAGAAGGAAUAUGUGAACUACUAUCAAAAUUGACAGUCUCCUCCAUUUUGUAACCUAAGCACUGGUAUUCUCAGGCCAAGAGUUUAAGCCAUUUUUGAAACUUUCCCAUUUCUUUGUCUGUUGUCAGAUUCAAAAUAGAGAAUAGGGCACUGGAGGCCCAAAGAAUAUGUACCUCAGACCUAGACUGAAAUGUCCAGGGUCAUUGUUAGGAGGCAGGUGAGUAAGGGGACUUAGUCUUGUGAAAACUCACCAAAGCCUACACAUAGCUAAUGCUAUGUAAUUUCUUGAGUAGGGGGGAAAAAAAAAGGCAAUUCCCAUUAUGGUGUUAUUUGGAAAUAGCAAUCCUUGUUGAAGGAAAACAUCAGGCAUCUACCUGUAUUCAAGGAGGGACAUAAAUAUAGGAAUGUUUGAUAAGCAGGACUGACUCUACUUACCUUAAUAUAAAAAGAAGGGAGAUGAAAAAAAGAUUUCUCAUUAAUAAUCAUUAGCAAUUACAACAUGUACUAGAGAAGCCUACCAGGAAAAGAAAAGCUCUAGCAGUGUUCAUCGCCUCCUUUCUGGCAUAGAUCAGCUGUGAACACAUUUCAGACGUCCCAAACGGCCCUUUGGAAGGGUAUUAUGCAUGGUUAGUAACCCAAGUUUUUAGACAUGCUGUCACAAAGUGAGACUCUAGAUUUUAGUGCUCUUGUGCAAAUCAGUACAUGACUAAAGUUAAAUGUCAAGAGUCAACUGAAGUUUUGACCAUAUGUACUUCAGAUUCUUAAAAAUGAGUUGAAUGCCGUUAAAAUAACUCUGAUCAUAAACAAGUAUUCCUUUCCCAGAGAAUCUUGCUAAGACCCCAGUGUAUUUUGGGAGAGUGUGAAUUGUGUUUCUCAUGUAGUUGCAGUCAUGGAACAUAGUGGUAAUUACUGGGAGUGAAAAAUCCCUGGAGGGAGGAGAGGAUUCUUACAGUGAACUCCUUUGUCCAGAUGGGUUUCUCAUGAAAUGUAAACAUUUCAUUAACAGAAAAUUCAGCAAUAACUAGUGGUUAGAGUAACUCCAGAAAAAAAAAGUGGACUUAACUUUGUUCUGCUUCAUUCGUAUAAGAUUGGCAAAGGAGAGAUGAAUCCAAAGUGUAACUAUAUCAUCUUCUGAUAGUGAUUAUAUUUUGUGGUUCUUGUGCUUACAAAUACAUAUUAGGUUUUGUAUUUUGCAGUUAUUAAAAUGUUAAGGGUUUUUAUUUGGGGUGAGUCAUUCUUUGUAUCAUUGAAAAGAGGAACAAGCCAUUUAGUAAAGCAGCAGGUACUUCAAAGGUAAUGUGUACUGCAGAUCACUACUUAACUCUGGAAGAACUGUUUCUUCUGUGCCAUGGCGAAUAAAAUACAGAAAUUAAAUCAAGA